CCCCGGCCUCAAGUCUUCUUCCUCUGAUCCUCUCGAGUCUGAAGUUCACGCAUCUCCUCCGGCGAAAAUCCUUCGCUCCCUCCCCACUUCGACCAUCCUACCUCCGAUCGGCGUCAUUUCCAGUGCCUUCUCCUCCGUUACUGCGCUUCCGGGUCUGCGAUUCAAGUUGCGCAUCAUUGUAGUCGAUCCAGCUGGUGACAUAGCUGCUGAUCCACCUUGGUCCGGUUCACAGCGAUCCACCCUCAAUCCAAAACCAUGACCGCCAUGUCCUCCGCUGUCGACCCGCCAAACCUACCUCCGGGGCUGAUCAUCUCAGCCACCGAACACAUCCGCCGGUUCCUCUUGUCAGCGUCCCAAGAACUGAACCUCUCGGAACAGCUCCGGAACCUGGCCUCUGAUCUCUCUUCACAAGCCAGUUGCCCUUACAAGUCGCUCCGGGAAAUCUGGAUCGCGUCUCGCCCCGAGACCCGACCCACUUGGGCCUGCCUGCUCUCCGGUUCCCACUUCAUCUUCACUAGCCCCAAGCCCAGAGAGAAGAGUGAAGAGUUGAAGGUGAGAUUGAGGAAGCUUUCCGAGAUGGCAGAAAAGAAAGCGUACGAGGAGCUCGUGAAAGACAUUACCCCCAGGAAAGACACCAAUGAGCCCUUCUCUUCCUACAAAGAUCAACUCGGGUUUGGCUUACAUGUCGUGGUUACAAUGUUUACUGGAUAUUUGCUUGGAUAUGCUGCAUUCAGAGCGUUAUUCAGCCACAGCCCUGUAAUGAAUGCUGCUGGUGGAAUUCUUGGAUUGGUCUGUGCAAUGCUCUUGGAGACCCUUCUUUUCAUAAUUAGGACUUCAAAUCAGGACUUGAGACCUCACUCUUCUGCUUCAAGGACCAAAAAGAAUGAAUAAGAUUUGCUCUGUCUAGCCAAAGAAGUUACCCAUCUAAUUGGUUCCUCUUGCUGAUGUUUGUCUUGUUGAGGCGAAGCAAGUGCUCCUACCAGUAGGGGUCCAUAUGGCUCCUCAUGUGCAACUACACUGAGAGCCUGGUGGAUCACGUCUUCGUGAUUCAAGUGCUCUGUGGCACGUACAAAACUCGGUCCUUGGUUGAAGGUUCAUCUUUGCUUCUCAAGUUUCCAAAUCAUCUAAAAGCUGCCGGCUCAUGCUUCCUUGUACUGUAGUCAAAUUCCAUGGUAAAGGUUGCCCAGUAGUCUAUCUUCAAAUUAACUAGGAACUAGAUGCAACUGUUGUUAGUUUCUGAAUGCUGUAUGACCCACUUUAUAAACAUUUGGCCCUCGUACUUGCAGUGAAUUCUUUUAUUUUA